UCUUUUUGUAGCAAGAUCUCACCUGGCCCACACUGCAGUUCAAAAGGGCUUCUCAGCUUGUAAUGAGGAGAACGGAAUCUUUCGCUACACAAACGUGAACUAAUGAGGUAUUCUUUAGCAAGGAAUAGGCCGUGCUGCGCCUGGGUGAGCUAGCUACUUCCUGGAGAGGAACGAAGUAAAAGUGCCAGUGAGAUAAACUGGAUGAUGUGUCUCGGAUCGAUCGCUACUGUCAGGAGUCGAAUGGAACUGGAGGAGUAAAGUUUUUGUGCACUCGCACUACCAGUAGCUACAGACUGUCAACUGCAUGGUGGCUGUUUGGAUGUUCUACUUGUGUGAUCGAUAUCUUCACUACGCUACGGUCUGAAUCGCUAAGACUUGCCUUCCCUGCUACCGGUAAUUCUAUUCAUUUGUGAAUUCCGGAUUCGCCAUAAUCAGGGGCGAGAGCCGAGAGGGCAGUGCAAGUCGGUCAGUCCACAAAUACGUGACAUCAUGACGCACGAAACGCGACUCCAUCGGAACUAUGGCGCUGCUUCAGCCGUAGGGGAAAUGGGCAAAGAUGGAGAUGGAUUUGCUGGCGAUUUAUCCGAUAUGCCAUCAGCACCACCACUUCAGCGACGUCAGAGCAGGUAUUCGAAAGUAACGGAGACUGUCGGAGGACUGUUUGGUGCUAGUCCGGCUGAUGAAAAGCGCUGGCAAGAAUCAGGUAUGUAUGCUAAACGUGAGGGCGCACGUGGUUAUCACAAGCUAGCAGCCUAUGAUGAUGCUGACGGAGGCACUGGGUCGGAACAUGACGGCGGCGGCCAUAUGCGUGUGGCAGAGACGCGCUUGGAUCAGCCGAGCAAGCAGCAGCAACGUGGUCGUCAAGAGCAACGCCGCCGUGGUGGGCGUAGAUUGCCCGCUUGGAGACGUCCAUCGGUGAAACGGCGUAUCGAUGCACUGCCAACUUUCCGCCCAUACUUCAUCAUCUUCAUCAGCCUUGUACAGGUUGGAAUCACUAUUUACACACUGAUCGAAGGCAAACUGGCACCCAUAGCUUUCACCCCGAAAGAGGAAGAGCAGCUGAUUACCAACCCAAUGACAGGAAUUCCAGCCAAUGUUAAAAGGGAAGUCCCGUUCAAUUUCUUCAUCGGUCCCAGUGCUAAAUACAUGGUCAGCAUCGGAGCAAAGUUUACACUGUGUAUGAGAACGGAUACGGCACUGCUGGUGAGGAUGGCUGCUGAAGCAGAUCGUGAGAACCAGUUCCUAUGUGCCUCUAGGUCUGUCAAUAACACCUGUGGUAUGAUGGACCCCAGUGAAUGCAAUUCUGCCAGCUGCACAAUCCUGGGAUCAGCAAAGCAGUGCAGCACCAGCAAUGAGUUCUGUAGGAACGGUAUUGUCCUGCGUCCAUGCUGCAUCGGCCUGGAUGCAUCAUGUGUUAUAACAUCAGAAGAAAACUGCACAUUCUUUGAUGGCGUGUAUCAUGCUGACAAGGUGCUAUGUCGUGAUGCUAACUGUGUUGGCAGUGUUUGCAACACGCCACUGGAGAAAGGCCAAAUCACGGUAUCUAGUGCCAACCAGUGGUUUCGUUUCUUCACCGCCAUCUUCCUGCAAAGCGGUGUCAUCUCAGCACUUCUCUUCCUAGGUGCUCAGCUCUACCUGGGUGUCAAGAUUGAAAAACAAAUUGGCUGGCUACGAAUCAUGUUGAUCUACACAGCCAGUGGUGUUGGAGGCUAUCUGGUCAGUGGCAUAUUCGACCCAAGCACAUCACAGGUUGGCUGUUCUGGAGCUGUCUUCGGCUUGUUUAGCAUUCGAUUUGUGGAGCUGGUGCAGAGAUGGCAAGCGAUAAAAAGCCCUUGUCAGAACUUAGUGGGUUUGUUGAUCACACUCAUCGCAGCUUUGGCAAUGGGCACUACUCCAUACCUGGACAACUUUGCCAACGUUGGCGGCUUCAUCUUUGGUCUGAUAUCCUCAUUCAUUUUCGUGCCCUAUCUUACAUUCGGAAAGUUUGACGCUGCGCGAAAGUGCUGCUUCGUUCUCGUGGCGAUUCUACUAGUGGCUGCAAUGUUCUUUGUUGGGUUUGUCGUCUUCUACAACACUCAGAAUGCUGAGUUCUGCUCUUGGUGCUCCUACAUAAACUGUGUUCCCUAUACGGAUACCUUCUGUGAAGAGGGAUUCAACGCUUUCAAGUUCACUCCGUAGGAUUGUUUGCCAGCUGGACACGUACUUGCUUUUAUCAGAGUAAUCUAUUCAUUUUCACUUGCCUUCUUCUCCUGUGAACGGAGACUAUUAUAUUCGUAUUGCCUUCUUCCAGUAGAACUUUGCGAGGCGACUGCUAUUUCUUGAAACCUUUCCGUCUGCAUUGCUCGCUGCUAAUUUGAGCCUUGAUCAAAAACGAUAAUAAUUAUAAUACUGUAUCGCAAACUACUUUUAAAAAUACUUGGAAGUAGCGUUAUUUUAAAACUUCCCAAUUCUGGAGCAAUCGACCACACGGUUGGCAUCCCUGUGAUGACAAUGGCAUAGCAUCCCUGUGAUGACAAUGGCAUAGCAUCCCUGUGAUGACAAUGGCAUAGCAACACUUAUCGCGAGCACAACACAUAAUCAUUGUACUUGCCAGGUACCAUGGACGGACGUGUAUCUUACUGAUGUGGAUCAUGAUUGUUAUUCUCCUCACAACAGCGGCUGCUAACACCA